AUGGAACAAAGAAGAGGCGAGCCGGGAAGGGCGCGGGGGUAUCUGGCCGGCUGCGUGGUUGCUGUGCUGUUGUGGAGUCUGGCCUCCGCGCAACUAAGAUAUUCAGUCUCCGAGGAGGUUAACGAAGGGACUGUGGUUGGGAAUAUAGUAAAAGAUCUGGGAUUAGAUAAAGGCACGCUGACAGACAGGAAGUAUCGGAUCGUUUCCAGUGGCGCGGAUCCUCUUUUCCACGUAAAUCAGAACGAUGGCGUCCUGUAUGUGAGCCGAAAGAUUGACAGAGAGGAGGUGUGCGCACAGAGCAGUACGUGUUUAAUAAACCUAAAAACCGUGCUAGAAAACCCACUUGAAGUCCACUAUGUGGGGGUGGAGGUGCUGGAUAUAAACGACCAUUCUCCCAGUUUCCCGGAGAAAGAGAUAAUGGUGGAGAUUUCAGAAUCUGUUUUACCCGGAGUGCGUGUUCAGCUAAAACCUUCAAGGGAUCCAGACAGCGCUCAUUUCUCCGUGCAACAAUAUAAACUUAGUAACAACGAUCACUUCCGUUUGGAGGUUAAGGAUAAAGGGGACGAUGGCAAAAUACCUAUACUGGUUGUUCAAAAAUCUUUAGACAGGGAAUCAGCAGCAAGUCACUCGUUAGUGUUGACCGCUCUGGAUGGAGGGAAACCUCCGAAAUCUGGUAACAUGGAUAUUCUAGUUAAUGUUUUGGAUGUAAAUGAUAACACACCCGUUUUUACUAAAGAUGUUUAUUCUGUGAUGCUCGAUGAAAAUGCUCCAGUGGGUACAACGGUUGUACAAGUGAAUGCAACCGAUCCAGAUGAAGGACCAAACGGAGAGGUCGUUUACUCGUUUACAAACAGUAUCAAUCAAAGGUUAUUAAAACUAUUUGAUAUCAAUCCAUCAACAGGCGAGAUAAUUGUGAAAGGAUUAAUAGACUAUGAGCACAAGGACAAAUAUGAAAUUGAAAUUCAAGCAUCAGAUAAAGGUCUCGCUCCACUGGUUACAGAAAAAAGCGUUAUUAUCAAGAUAGUGGACGUGAAUGACAACGCACCUGAGAUCGAAGUUACCUCAUUUUCCAACUCCAUCCCUGAAGACUCCAGACCUGGAACUACAGUUGCCCUUAUCAGUGUAAAUGACUUGGACUCUGGUCUUAAUGGGAAAGUUAUUUGCUCCAUAGGUGAGGAUGUUCCCUUUGCUUUAUCACCAUCCUUACAGGACAAAAUGUAUUCAUUAGUGACCAAAUCCCCUCUGGACAGAGAGAAACAGUCACAAUACAUUAUAACAGUAGUUGCAAAAGAUGCCGGUCAACCUCCUUUAUCCUCUGAAAAGACAAUAAAUGUCGUGGUGUCAGAUGUGAAUGACAACAGUCCAGAGUUUUCUCUGAGCCCCUAUACUUUCUAUGUCCCUGAAGCUAAUAAGCCAGGUGCCUCUGUGUUCUCUGUUAAAGCUUUUGAUGCAGAUGAGAAUGACAAUGCGAUGAUUUCAUAUCAUAUAUUCAGACAAGGGAGCGAAGACAAUAAAGUUACUUCAUUUCUAAGCAUCAACUCUGAAAAUGGAGACAUUACGGCGCUAAAAAGUUUUGACUUUGAGACGCUGAAAACUUUCCACUUCCACGUGGUCGCGUCAGACUCGGGAACUCCGUCACUCAGCAGCAACGUCACAGUGCACGUGUUCAUUCUGGAUCAGAACGACAACGCUCCAGUCAUCCUGUAUCCAGUCAGCUCGAACGGUUCUGCUGAAGGUGUGGAGGAGAUUCCCCGCAACGUGAACGCAGGACACUUGGUGACUAAAGUCAGAGCCUACGACGCCGAUAUAGGAUAUAACGGCUGGUUACUGUUUUCACUGCAGGAAGUUACCGACCACAGUCUCUUUGGUCUGGACCGCUACACGGGACAGAUCAGGACACUUCGCUCAUUCACAGAGACAGACGAGGCUGAGCAUAGACUGGUCAUACUGGUGAAAGACAAUGGGAACGUUUCUCUCUCAGCAACGGCUACUGUGAUGGUCAAACUUGUGGAGCCCAAAGAGGCUUUUGCAGCUUCUGACGUUAAAAGUUCGGCAAAAGCAGAUGAGGAGAGUAAUGUGACUUUUUACCUGAUGAUAACUUUGGGCUCAGUUUCGGCUCUUUUUCUCAUCAGCAUCAUUGUGCUGAUUGCGAUGCAGUGCUCCAAACCCACUGACUGUACUUCUAAAUAUCUGCAAGAGACGAAUUAUGACGGGACUCUGUGUCACAGCAUCCAGUACAGAUCUGGAGACAAACGGUACAUGUUAGUUGGACCCAGGAUGAGUAUAGGAUCGACUAUAGUCCCAGGAAGCCAUGCCAAUACUCUGGUGCUUCCUGACAGGAGGAGAACAUCUGAAGAGGUAAGGGAAAUUCAAACAAGAUUAUUUGUUUCAAAAAUUACUUGCAGGUAUUCAGCAAUAUAUGUUUCAGGGUAA